GUUCUAUAUCCGCUCACCUCCCCUAUAUAAGAAAAGGGGCGGCUGCUAUCUAGGUUGUAUCGCUGUCUGAUAAGCAGGUGGAAAGUUUACAAAGCUGAAAACAAGACCAAAUAAAAGAGAAAUUCCAACGACUAUCAUCCAAACUCAUUGACUUAGUGAGCACUGUACAUCUGCAUCAUGCGUCUUGUGAUCCAUGAUACCUACGAUCAGGUUUCCAUAUGGGCUGCAAAAUAUGUCCGUCGACACAUUUUGGAUUUUAAUCCUGGGCCUGAUAGACUGUUUACUCUUGGACUACCAACAGGUAGUACACCACUAGGCAUGUACAAAAAAUUGAUUGAGUUUUACAAGGCAGGAAAAGUAUCCUUUAAGUAUGUCAAGACAUUCAACAUGGAUGAAUAUGUAGGUUUGGAGAGGAAUCAUCCCGAAAGCUAUCACACCUUUAUGUGGGAAAACUUCUUCAAGCACAUUGACAUCAAUCCAGAGAAUGUCCACAUUCUGGAUGGGAAUGCUCCUGAUUUAGUCCAAGAGUGCAACAAUUUUGAGACUAAGAUUCUUGCUGCAGGGGGCAUUCAACUUUUCAUUGGAGGUAUUGGUCCUGAUGGUCACAUAGCAUUCAAUGAGCCAGGAUCUAGCCUAGUAUCUCGAACUAGAGUGAAAACACUGGCCCAGGAAACCAUCCAGGCAAAUGCUCGCUUUUUUGGAGGUGAUCUUUCUAAAGUACCCACUCAAGCUCUGACUGUGGGAGUUGGGACUGUGAUGGAUGCAAAGGAAGUGAUGAUUUUGAUCACAGGAGCCCAUAAAGCUUUUGCUCUUCACAAAGCCAUUGAAGAAGGUGUAUGUCAUAUGUGGACCGUCUCUGCCUUUCAGCAACACCCAUCCACCAUCUUUGUCUGCGAUGAGGACGCCACCAAUGAGCUACGAGUGCGUACAGUCAAAUACUUCAAGGGACUGAUGCAUGUGCACAACAAACUGGUAGAGGAUCCUGAAUAGUCCACAGCAGUUUUUUUCUUUGAAUCUCUUAUGAGGAGCUGGCUCUUUCUCUCCACGGUAUGGUAGCCUGUUUUGCCCUUAUCGUUCCUUCUUGCUUUUAAAGUGAUCUAACGAUUGGUUUAUGUAGCUUUUGCUAGUCGUUGCUGGCUCCUGGAUUUGUGAACAGGAUCUUUAUCUAUUUACAGAAUACCCAAUUCAAAAAAUUUGAUUAUUUAAAACUUUAUUUUUCAUUGUGAAAGAAGAGAAAGGCACACUGUAGCAAAGUUAGCUCUUAAAAAAUCGUAAAAAUUUCAUGCAUAAACACUUAUAAAAAAAAAUUAAAGCAGAUAGGACUAGUUUAACGAGUUAUCUUGAAUCAUCUAUCAUCCGCCCACAUUUUAAGGUAAAGGAGUAAUCUCUUUGGUGCCUAUGUGUGUAGCUGACAGCACAGUUAAGCACCAGGCAUUAAGACAUUGCCAGUUUUGUUACACUAAAUGAAACCCAUCUGUUGCAAGUCUUUGCCUUUUGACUGUGUCAUUUAUAACUUGUCUUCCCCUUUCAGUGUGUAUUGUACUCAUUAACCUGUAACAUGUGACAUAAAAUAGUAUUUUCUAUUCACAUGUGAUGACAACACAGGGACAACACACACAUUUUUUUAAAGAUUUAACUGGAGCAGAGAUCUAACAUUCUUGAAGAGUCUAGUUCACAAAUGUACUUUUGUCUUGCUUGGGAUAGUGGGUGACUGUAUGCUGUGAGACAUUGGGAAGCUGUGUAUGCUAUAAAUGCUUAUGGAAUACUGCUAACAGAUAAAGAACUAAGAUCAUGCAAAGUGAGUAGUCAUUUUAUCUGCAUCAUGUUAAUCACCAAAACAGGUGAAAAAAUUGUUAAACUUAAUUGAGAACUGUAUCUUUUUUUUCAAAAAUUAAAGCUUCACACAUUUCUUUGAGAUGUUACCUUUUUUCUUGGUCUUGGAUUUAAAAAACCUGUUUUUGUCAACAACAACAACAAAAAUGUUAUUGCGCUGAACAAAGGGAAGUAAGACAGCAUGAAAAACAAUUACUCGAAAUAGAGCUGAUGCCUGUCCUCUCUUCGUUAAACGAUGGAGAACUUGAUGUUGAGUUGAAAACAUGAAAAUCUGCUUUAUGAAAUAACUUAAACUGUGGAGUAAACAGUUGUCGGGUAACAGAUUUUGAAAAAUGAGUGCUCCUUGGUGAGAGAUGGCUUAUAAAGCUCACUGGCACCAAAAAACUUUUGUUUUCAUUAAAAUGAGUUAGUGGGUGUCUUGGUGGUGAGACACAGAUGACAUUUAAUUAAGGCCUAAAUGUUUUUACACAGAUUUACAUGUAUGUAUAUGUAUCACAGAAUGGUUUAUAACUGUGAAAGAGGAUAAAAUGGGAUGCCUGUUAUCUGUGACAACACCAUGAGAAACUUGGAAGAACAGAAAAAUACAAGAAUUGUGAGCUUCCAAUUAACAGUCCUAGAGAAGUCAAUAUGUAGGGUCAGCAAUAGUACAGUUGGUACCUACACUUCUGGUCAUGUGACUGGGCUGUCAAUGGCAAAAAUGACCUCAAUAUUGUCUGUACUAUUAUGAUAAGCAAUAUGCAUUUGUCAGAUUCUUUAUAUUUUGUAUAUGCAUUUUGUCACAUUCCAUUAUCUUAAUUUUAAUAAAACUAUAAGCAUUCUUGAAAUUUGUG